AUGAUGGAAUUGCCGCUUACGAUGAAUGCUGUCGUGUUCGACGGUCCGUACAAGGUUUCGCUUCAGCAACGACCGGUGCCCAAGAUACAAGACGAUGGAGACAUUAUAGUCAAAGUUGAUGCAACAGCUCUCUGCGGAUCUGAGCUUCAUACGUUUAGAGGCCACCAGCCCUCAAACGCAGGAUUUAUUAUGGGCCACGAGUUCGCUGGCACAGUUGUGGCAGCGGGUAACGACGUUAAAUCUGUCAAGAUUGGGGAUAAGGUGGUAUCUCCUUUCACCGUGUCCUGCAUGAACUGUUUUUACUGCAAAAACGGAUAUUCGUCUCGGUGUGACCAUAGCUUAUUGUUUGGUUCGGAAAAGCUGGAUGGCGCUCAAGCUGAUUACGUGCGCGUACCCCUUGCAGAUGGUACAGCUAUGAAGGCGCCACCCGAGAUCGAUGACAAUGCAUUGGUGCUCAUGGCAGACAUAUUCCCGACAGGCUUCUUCGGCGCCAAGAAUGCAUUCAAUAGCCUGGGUUCGCAAGAUCCGUCCGAAGCCACAGUGGUGGUCAUCGGUUGCGGACCGGUAGGACUGUGUGCCAUAGUCUCGGCGCUGGAGUACAAGCCAAAACAUCUCUUCGCCAUCGAUAGCAUCGAUAGCCGUCUUGAACUCGCAAAGAGUUUGGGUGCAGAACCGCUUAACUUUGCGAAGGAUAGGUCGGCUAUGAUUGCUCGAAUCAAAGAAGUCACAGAUGGCCGAGGAGCAGAUGCAGUUAUUGAAGUGGUUGGCUUAAGCCCUGCCCUAAAGACGGCGUUUGAUGUCCUGAGACCUUUCGGUUUCAUAAGCAGUAUAGGCGUCCACAAUGCCGAGAUCCCCUUUAGUGGCACUGAAGGAUAUAAUAAAAAUGUGAGGUUACAAAUGGGAAGAUGUCCAGUCCGCUCGAUAUUUUCCGAUGCACUCAAGGUCCUCGCAAGAAACCAACAUAAGUUUGGGUUUAUGUUCGAGAAAAUCAUGCCCCUUUCUAUGGCCGUAUCCGGAUACGAUCUGUUUGAUAAGAUGCAAGUGCAAAAGGUAAUUUUCAAGCCGUGA